ACUUUAUAUAAGAAUAAUUUGGUAGUUGAUUCAUAACAGCAAUGCCCAGCGUUAGCACGGGUUUUUUUUUAAACAGAUAAGCACGUUGAAUUUCUGUGUUAACAAAGGUAAGAGAUCGUGAUGUUUUUUUUUUGUGCGUGUUAGGUAAACUGAGCACUUGAAAAUAUGUUCAUUUCGUUUCAUUGAAUUAAUGUGUGUAAUUCUCUCAUACACAAACAAAACAGAUUUAUUUUUUAACAAUACUUUAAUGAAAAUAUAUAGUCUGAUCCAGUGGCGUAGCUAGGGUUGGUGUCACCCGGUGCGGGUAAACUCACGGUGUCACCCCACUCCCACUCCCGAACUUCAAGGUGGAUUUCUUCUUGUUAAAAUAAAUACACAGUAUGACAAUGCCAAGAACACAAAAACAAAUUACUAAAUUUUCAGGAUGUAAAAAUGUAUGUAAUAACAGUAUCAACGUUAAUUUAAUUUUUAAAGUCAAUUUACUUUGUUUAAACUGUCUCCUUUUCUUUUGUCUUUAAAGCGGCAAAUAGUUUAAUCUCUUGAUCAAAAUUAUUAUCAGUACCGUAUAACUUGGAAUGGUUACAUGUGUGGAACAUUUAUCAGUACCGUAUAACUUGGACUGGUUACAUGUGUGGAACAUUUAUCAGUACCGUAUAACUUGGACUGGUUACAUGUGUGGAACAUUUGCGUGUUAUCUGUUAGCCUUUAAUAAAAUUCAGUUAGACCGAGCAGUGUGUGUGUUCUGUAAAUAUGUUUGUUUUUUUUUUUUAAAUUUUGUGUCACCCUUAAGAGAUGGUGUAAACGGGUUCUGUCCGCUUCCGCCCACACCCCCUAGCUACGCCACUGGUCUGAUCGUAACAUGUAAAUACUGCAUACAUGACAAACUAUGUUUUGCGUACUGUACAUUGAAAGAUUUUAUUUUAAAUUGUAUUUAAAUAUUGCGUUAGGAGAGCAUUUAUAAAAAUACACCAUUUCUUUUUUUCUUUCAGUACCAAUAUGAGUAACCCGACUGAUAUAGAUGUACUUUUGAUUGGAAAAACCGGAAACGGAAAGAGCGCGACGGGAAAUUCUAUUUUAAGAAACAAAGUGUUCAAAAGUGUGCCGAGCUCAACCUCCGUGACAAAAAGCGUCGAGUCCGACGUGACCGAAUUCGACGGCCGGGUCAUCAAGGUCGUCGAUGGACCAGGUGUGGGAGACACCCGACUCAACAAUGAAGAGUCCGUCAGGAUGAUGACGAACGCCAUGAGCGGCGCCAUAGCUGAGAACGCCAGAGGCUAUCACGCCUUCCUGCUGGUGGUCAGGUACGGCGGGCGGUUCACCGCCGAGGACCAGGAUACGAUCGUGUUUCUGAAAAAACUGUUUGGGGAGAAUUUCGUGAAAAGUUUUUGCAUCCUGGUCAUGACUUGCGGGGACGUCUUUGAGGAGGACGGCCUCGAGAUGAAGAAGACGUUCAAGGAGUGGUGUCGCGACCAGGAGGGAGUGCUGCAAGAUCUGUUACGCGAAUGCGACUACAGGGCGAUGAUCUUUGACAACAGAACGAAAGAUGAGGGUAAAAAGAGGAAACAGCUGACCGAGCUCAUACAAAUGAUCGACAACCUGAGGUCACAAGGUCACCGAUACACCGAUGACCACUUCCGUCGGGCCAAGAACACCCGGGACCGUUUAGUGAUCGAGGCCCAGGUUCCUGUGAUUCGCGAGGAGACGAUGAAUGAAGCAAGUCUUAUCCUACAGAAACUCCAAGCCAUCCAAUCGCAGUUUGAGCCCGAACAUAGAAUUGAGAAUUUGGAGAAAUUGCUGAUCAGAUCUGAUGGGCUGUUAAAAAGUAUUACUGAAAAAGAUAAAGGGACUGGGACCCUCCAUGUUUUAUCUCAAACGGUCCAUUCUAUUCACAAUACAAUUUUGGAUGAAAUCAAAUUUUCAAAGAACGUAAAGGAGAAAAACGAACGAAUGAAGAAGGAAGAGGAGGAAAGAAUGAAGAUCUUUCAAGAGGAGAUGGACAAGCAGAAAGCUGCUUAUGAGAAAUUGAUUCAAGAAGGAAAACUUGAUGACCAGCGUAGAAAAGAAAUGCAGCUUGAGCAGGAGAGGAUGCGACAAUCGCUAGAUGAGCAGAGAAAGAAAGAUCUCGACGCCAGGGAAAGACAGUUACAGUUACAGAAUGAGGAGCUUCGAAGGAUGAGAGAAGAGAGUGACAGUCUCAGGAACAAUUUCUACGAAGUCAAACAACAAGAGAGUCAAAGCUUCGGUUUCUUAGAUUUUAUUACACUCAUUGCUAAGCCCAUCUUAAAACUAUUUGGAUUCUAAACGUGGAAUAGAUUUUUUUUUUUUUUUUUUUGUUUUUUUUUUUUUUUUUUUUUU